GCGUCUUGGAGUGUGAGUCGGCGCGGGUCGUUUGGAGCAUUGCACCCCCUUUACUAUGUUUCAUAGUAAGGAAAAUGAAAUCACAUAUCGCUAACUCCGUCAUAGUUAAUCAAAGCAGUUUUAAGUUUUUUAUGCAAAGAUGAAUUUGUACGGAACGCCUCUAGUGUUAUUCAUUUGAGUUCUGGAUUUACAUGUUAUAUAUACUUGGUGCUGUUGAGGAGUUGUGUGCUAUACAAUUUAUUGAAUAUGACAUUUUCACGGAUCGUGUCUGUUGUUACUUAUAUUGUGAUAGUACUCUUUGGUCAGGAAAUACAAGGAGUUAUACGAAAUAUACGCCAUAGAACAUCAAAUGAUAUUUUCUUGGAUCCUUGCAAAGCAGUUGCAUUUUGGGGCGACAUAUCAUUAGCAGAUGAAGACAUAGAAUUUUACAGAAAUCGACAAAACAGCAGCAGGGAUUCAUUAAAUGAACAAUAUGAACUUCAAGUUGAAGAUCCAGGUGCUGCAUCACAGUAUAGUGACAAAGAAUAUUAUUCUAGAAUAGAGAAAUAUCUUUCCAGAAAAGACAUAGAUAAACCCAAAGGUGAAAAUAAAAAGAAUAAAAAGUCAAAGAAACACAAGAAAAACAGAUGUCCUAAAGGGGAUAAAAAAUGCAGAGCAAUACGUCGAAAGCAAAGAAAGGAGGAAAAAUUAAAGAGAAAGGAAGAGAGAAGACAAAGAAGACUUCUCAAAAAACAAGAAAGACUCAGGAAAAAGCAAAAGUUAUCAAAGUUAAAAAGAGAUUCAAAAAAUGAUAAAUUGGUCAAAUCCCGAACUAAGAGAGCAGCUACCGCAAGGCCAGAAAGGUUGUGGGAUUAUGGUGUCAUUCCUUAUGAAAUAGAGGCCAACUUUAGUGGUCAGCACAAAGCCCUGUUCAAGCUAGCCAUGAGACACUGGGAAAACUACACCUGCAUAUCUUUUGUAGAAAGACAACCCGAACACAAAAAUUACAUUGUGUUUACAGAGAGACCAUGUGGGUGUUGCUCUUUUGUGGGUAAGCGAGGGAAUGGUGCCCAGGCCAUAUCAAUUGGAAAAAAUUGUGACAAAUUUGGGAUCGUUGUGCAUGAGUUGGGCCAUGUGGUAGGAUUCUGGCACGAGCACACUCGCCCUGAUCGGGAUCAGCACGUGCAAAUUAUCUACAAAAAUAUCAUGCCGGGCCAGGAGUACAAUUUUAACAAGCUAACAGAGAGCGAGGUGAACUCUCUCGGAAUGGCCUACGACUACGGCAGCAUUAUGCACUAUGCUAGGAACACCUUUGCUAGGGCGACCUACGUGGACACCAUCUUACCUCGGAAAAAGCCAGAGAUGAUUGUCCGUCCAGAGAUUGGACAGAGAGUCAAACUCAGUCCAGGGGAUGUGGCACAAGCCAACAAACUCUAUAAAUGUCCAGCAUGUGGACGCACACUUCAGGAAUCUAUAGAUAAAUUUUCAUACACCCCAACCCCUGGCCAACCAGCAACAUGUCAGUGGAGAAUCUCAGCCACUCAUGGGGAGAAAAUUGUCUUAAAUCUGACCGAGCUGGACAUCCCAGGCUCUGUCCAAUGUGAGAAGCACUACCUUGAAGUCAGGGAUGGACAUUUUAUCAUGUCUCCUCUCUUAGGUCGGUUCUGCGGAGACAAUGCCCCCACCACACUUAUAUCGACAGACAGCAGAAUGUGGCUCGAGUAUCACACCUCAGAUGGAAAUGGGGGUACAGGCUUCUCUGCUCAGUAUGAAGCUAUUUGUGGUGGUGAGAUCCACAAAGAUGUGGGUCAGCUGACCAGCCCUAACUACCCUGAUGAUUACAAGUCUAACAAGGAAUGUGUCUGGAAAAUCACGGUGGACAAGGACUAUUCUGUAGCUCUCAAAUUCCAGUCAUUCGAGAUUGAGAGCCAUGAUGACUGUGUGUAUGAUUACCUAGAAAUCCGAGACGGACCUGACCCUACCUCUAAAGAACUUGGCAGAUUCUGUGGAUACAAGAUCCCUGAAGAUGUCAAGUCCUCAGGAAACACACUCUUCGUUAAAUUUGUCUCAGAUGGUUCCGUUCAAAAAUUAGGCUUUGCAGCCUCAUUUGUGAAAGAGUAUGAUGAGUGUGCGACAGAUCAUCAUGGAUGUGAUCAUAUCUGUGUCAACACCCUGGGCAGCUUCAAAUGUGAAUGUAAAAUUGGGUAUGAACUACAUUCUGAUGGCAAAAAGUGUGAAGAUGCUUGUGGGGGCUACAUUGAUCAGGCCAAUGGCACCAUACAGAGCCCCUCCUUCCCUGACCUGUACCCUCCCAACAAGAACUGUGUAUGGCAGAUCGUGGCCCCAGACCAAUAUCGUAUCACCCUCAACUUCUCCCACUUUGAUAUGGAGGGCAACAAUCAAGACUGUGAGUAUGAUUCAAUUCGUGUGAGCAGUGGAGUGGGACGGGAUUCAGUCAUCCACGGAAUUUACUGUGGAUCUACUCUUCCUUCCUCCAUCACAUCAGAGAGUAAUACAUUAAGGAUUGAGUUCAACUCAGAUAACUCAGUCCAGAAAACUGGAUUCCAUGCUCGCUUCUUCACUGAUAAGGAUGAGUGUGCUGUAAACAAUGGUGGCUGUCAGCAUGUUUGUAAGAAUACAGUGGGAAGUUAUGAGUGUGCCUGUCACAAUGGAUUUACUCUUCAUGAGAACAAACACGACUGUAAAGAAGGGGGAUGUCAGCACAAGAUCAAAGAUCCGGAGGGAGAAAUCAGCAGUCCCAACUGGCCUGACUUUUACCCCAGUCGUAAGGACUGUGUGUGGCACUUCACCACCACCCCUGGGCACCGAGUCAGACUCACCUUCAUCAACUUCGAACUGGAACCACACCAGGAAUGCACGUACGACCAUAUUGAAGUGUUUGAUGGCAAAAACAUUAACAGUCAUAGUCUAGGGAGAUACUGUGGCAGCAAGCUCCCUCAUCCUAUAACCUCCAGUGGUAAUGAGAUGUAUAUGGUUUUCUACUCAGAUGCCUCAGUACAAAGGAAAGGAUUCCAUGCAAGUCACAAGACAAUUUGUGGAGGAGUCCUUGUUGCCAAGGAAACCAGUACACGCUUGUUUUCACAUGCUAAACAUGGUGACCAGAACUAUGACAACAAAAUGGAGUGUGAAUGGCAAAUUGUAGCCAGCCCUGGACAUCAUGUCAAAUUUAAGUUUGACACUUUUGAGAUUGAGGAUGAAAGUGAUUGUGGGUAUGACAAUGUAGAGGUGUUUGAUGGGAAAGCAGAUACAAGUCCUGGACUGGGAAGAUUCUGUGGAAGCAAGGUUCCAGAUGAAAUAAUUUCUUCUGAACAGAAUCUACUAGUGAGGUUUAAAUCUGAUGACACAAUCAACUGGAAGGGCUUCUCUGCCACAUACCUGGAAGUUCCCUCCAAAAACCAGGGGUCAGGGGUCAUUAAACCACUUCCUAUGUCGUAGUCAGGGGUCAAUUCAGACUUGGAAACCACUUAGUUUCCAUGAAAAUAAUGCAGAUUUUCAUGAUCAUAUUGUGAUAUGACAGAAAUUAUAAUAGUAUGAAUGGAAAAUUCAUAGUAUUCUGUAUAUAGUUGUCCAUGAUUCUUUGCUGUAAAAUCAACAUUGUGAACUCAUGUGAAACUUCAUAUUUGAGAUUGUUUCACAGGGUACAAAAAAAUUAAAAGAGUCAAUUGUAUAUACAUAAUGAUGGUUAAUGGCCGUAAAGAUUCUUCAUUUGAAUUGAAGUAUAUUAUUUCAGUUGUGUAUAUAUGUGAAUUGUGUAGGACUUUAUAUAGUAUUAAGUUAUUGUUUUUGAUGUACGUACUAAUAAUUAAUUGAUUUCUGUUGUUAACAUGUCUUAUUGCAUGUUCUUAUGAAAAUGUUUAUGAUCAAGAUAUUUUAAUAUGCAGGGAUGACAUCUGGACUUUAUUUGUUGAUAUUAUUUUUAUGUUUACAUGAAAAAGGAGUUUUACCAGGAAUAUAAAUACGUUGAAAUAUUUCUGAUAUUACUUUUAGUAGACUGUUAAAAUUUGUCAGCAAAAAAAUAACCAGAUACACUUGCAUCUGUGCAUUUUUUGAAAAAGAUUAUUGUUUUACUUAUGCUUCAUAUAGUGUCAGUUAAAACACCUUUCUUGAAAUCUGAAGGGAAAAGGUGGGUUUUUUUUUUUUUUCAAACAUGGCUUAUUUAGCCAGAGUAUAAUAGUGGAGUUGUGAGAAGAAAAUAAACUUGAAUAAAAAAAUUGUUUGUUAAUUUCAAAAUAAGUUAAUAUCUUAAUGUACAUGUAAUAAUUUUGAGGCUCUUUUCCAUUAGCAGAUAUAUUUGCAGUCCGCAAUUGUUUAAGAUUUUAUUAAUAAACAUAUUUCAAGUACAUUUUAAAAAUAUAUAUUUAUCUUUCACUUUUUAUUAUACUUGUAAUUAUUUACAUUAUUAUUUUGAAGUUCUUAAGAUUUUGCAUAGGAAUAUUUAAAUAAAACUCUAUUUUGAACACAUAUCUAAUGAAAAUGUUAAAACCAUUAGAUUCAUUUAAUCAGAGGCUGAUUUUUCUUUGUAUUUGUAUUUUUUGAUGGUGAUUAAGUAUACUUUUGAAAUUUGUUCAAUGUUGAAUUGUGUACAUUUUUUCAAGAAGAAAAUAAAUUUCUUUUAAAAAUG